AUGGAAACCCCUGUAAAACCAGGUUUCCGUGUCAUCCGAGGACCUGAUUGGACUUAUAAGAACCAAGAUGGCGGAAAGGGAUACGCAGGAACGGUUCUAAGACUACAUGAUGAACGCCAACCACAUUUUCCAAAACUCUCGGUACUCGUUCAGUGGGACAAUGGAGAUAAAGGUCUCUACCGGGCUGGACAUGACCAGGGUUACGAUCUCAGGAUCAUUGAUACAGCUAAUGCAGUGUGUCAUCCAAAGGUCUGGUGUGACGGAUGUGACAUUGAUGAGAUUAGGGGGAUGCGAUGGAGAUGCACCGAGUGCUACGCCUUUGACCUCUGUACCACUUGCUACAUGAAUGACGAACAUGAUCUCAGUCAUGUCUUCACGAGAGUGUUGUCUUCAGACAAAACAUCCAAGGGUCCUAAGAUGCUACCAAGAUCAUCAUCUCCUCGUCUUGCUCUUAAAGGAAGCUUUGCUGGAGCAAAAGUUGUCAAACAUCCCCAGUGGCACAAGAGACUUGAGUCAGAUAAGCUACUCGGGACAGUAGUCAGACAUGGACAGACACUUGAGGAUAAAGUCAAUGUACGAGCAGCGGUUGAGUUCUCUUCUGGGCGAGAGAGGGUAGACCUCAAUAAAAUCUUCUGUACACUACCAGGGUCAGGAGGUUUUGUGUAUGCUGGACACUUAGCAAAUCUUGGGGAUCUGGAGCGAGUGAAUGAAGGUGACAACGUCCUGAUAACUGCCACUCCUGCAGAAUUGGAGGAACUCCACAAGCGCAGGGGAUUGUGGAAGCCAGAUAUGACCAAAACGUUUCUCGAGAAGGGAUAUGUGCUUAAAAGGACGAAUACUGGUGACUUCACAGUGACUUUCCAUGACAGCCAAGAAACAUUUACUAUGAAUUCUGCAGCUCUAAGGAAGAUUCAUCCAUUAAGUCUCGGUCAGCUUGUCCGGAUAAGUGAUGAUAUCGAGAUGGUCAAAAGAUUACAGUCUGGACAUGGCGGAUGGACGGCAGCUAUGAAACAGGCCAUCGGUACAGUUGGAAAGGUGGUAGAGAUUGACGGAUCGGAUAUUCACGUCAAAAUCAAGGGCAAUCACAAAUUCGUUUUCAAUUCUGUAAACUUGACUCCAGAACGGUUUCGUGCUCCUAAACCAGAUGUAGAUAUUAAAGAAAAAUUGCGUGGUAAGUUUUAAGUAAAAAGAACAAUAGUGCUGACUAAAUCAAGGCUCUCCAUUUAUAAAAGUUGAUUACAUUUACGAUUACACAUUACAAUUUGGUUCAAUAUCUACAUCCAAAGAGGAUGCA